AUGAAUUACGAAGCAUUACUUGAGGAACUGGGAUUGGAUGGUACUCCAUAAAAAUAAACAAGCAAAUCACCGUAGAAUUAAACAAGAGCUACGGAUAACACUUACCUUACCAAAACACCUGAAACUACAAAACAAAAAAAAAUAAAAUUAAUAUUAAAUGUAAAUUUGAGUUCCAAUCAAGUGGAAUAGUUAAUGAUAUAUUAAGAUGAUGAUCCAAAAUUGAAAGUAUCAGAAUUUUGUCAUUUGCACUAAUUAGACAAGAAUGCAUAAAAUGUACUAAUAAAACAAAUCAACAGCAAUACAAAUAGUGAAAAUUAUCAAAGUUAACAAAAAUUACAAUAGUAAAAUUAUUAUUCUAGAAAUUUACAAUCAUAUUCAACAAAAGAGUCAGAAUAACCUGGUGAGAGACUCUAUCAAUUGGCUUAAAAGAAGAAAGAAUAAAGAGAAAAUUAAAUAAAAUAGUAUUAAACAGAAAAAUAGGAAUAGGAGUAACAGCAAUUAUAAUAAACCCCUAAACUAAGCAAUCAAACAAAAAUUUAUUUGGAAUAAGCUGGGUAUCGUAAAAAUGGAUAUAUGAGAGAGAAGGGUACUCUGAAAGAUAAACAAAUUCAAUAGGUCUUUUUGGAUGAGCAAGGGAAGGAGUAUAAUUUUGUACCUCAGAUAAAUGAAUUAUCGAAACAAAUGAGUCAUUAUAUUAGAGAGAAACAACAUUAUGAGAACGUAUUUGAUGAAUUGUACGAACAAGCAAGAAACAGAAUGUACUCACAACCAGAAUACGAUAUUCCUGAAUGUACUUUCAAACCUUCAGUGAACUAGAAUAUUAAGAUUGAUGAAGAUUUUUUAACUAGGAUGGAAAAGAAGUAGGAAGAAUAGAAAGAAAGAAGGGAAUUAAUUAAAAUGAAGUAUGAAAACGUUGACGUAAAGACUCGGCAAUUAUUAUAUCGACCUAAAAUAUGUAGAAGUCCUUAUGCUUAAACAUCAUCAGAAAAACCCGUUCAUGAGAAGCUUUAUUUAUAGUCCAAGUUAAAGUCAGAAAAAUUGUAGUUAAUGUCUGAAUAAAAAAUCAUGGAAGAAAAGGAAUCUUAAAAUGUGAGAUUGAAAAACGAAUUGUCAGAGGAUAUCGUAUUUCUCUAAAGGAAGAAGGUCCUCAAACAAUUAUUUGCUGAAAUGGAUUCAAAUCAGGAUGGCUAAAUAUAAUGUUCUUAUGAAGAAAUAAAUAAUCUACCUCCCAAUAUUAUAUAAACUCUUUGGCCUGUAUUAAAAUUAUUAUAGGAACGAAAACGAUGCUUAGAUUUUGAUGACUUUUUUGAAAAUGUUUAUGAAUUUUGUAUCAAUCUUCCCUAAAUCUAAAAGGAUAUCAUUUUCAAAAAGUCAAAGAAUAACUAUCUCACUAUGAAAGAUUAAGAUUACACUUUCACUCCAAAGACUAAUAAGAAGUCUAAAUCAAUGAAGACUGUGCAUUAUCCUAGUUGUAAAUGUGAAAUUUGCUCAAAAAUUGCUAUUAUAUAAAGGCAAUUAAAUGAUUAAUGA